GUGGUUCUCAAAGCUUCGGAGUCGACUCUCACUUCCCAGUGCCUAGACUCGGGGAUUUGAAUCUUUCUGGAAUCGACUCCUGCUCCUAACGAAAGUGACUGCAGCGAUGUUGUGGUGCGUGCAGAGAUAGAGUCACAGAAAUGGAGGUUGAAAGUUUCGUUUCCAAGACUCUUGAGCUCUUGCAAGAGGAGAGAGGAGCUGAGAUAGAAGAAACAAGGGCAUGGCAAAAGAAUCUGUCACUAAAAAAUCUACAACAGAAAGGAGUAUGCUUGCUGAAACUUCAGAUUGGAAGCCAAAGGACGGGAAUGCAUGGCAGACUUCUGGUUUCAUUUGAGCCCCGGAAAAGUAUCGGCCCUUCAGUUCUUCCCAGUCACAGCUUUGGACCUGGUGACAUUGUGGGUCUUUACGAAUCAGAAGGAUGCAGCCAGCCUAAUCAGCUUUGCUCAGGUGUGGUGACCCGUGUGACGCAAGCAUCCAUAACAGUUGCUUUUGAUGAAACGCAUGAUGGCCUCAACCUGGAAAGUGAUGGACUAUACAAUAUUAUGAAGCUUGCAAAUGAUGUAACUUAUAAACGAUUGACUCGUGCUUUAAAUUCUUUGAAUGGGUAUAGAAGUGGUCCUGCCACCCAUCUAAUUAGUGUCCUUUUUGGUUACUCUGAGCCUGGAAUGUUGUCACAGCAGAAUGCUUUAGAGUGGAUCAAUAAUGGAUUAGACAGUUCUCAGCAGGAGGCUGUGUCAUUCGCGCUCUCUCAGAAAGACGUUGCUAUCAUACACGGGCCACCAGGGACGGGGAAAACCACAACGGUGGUUGAAGUUAUUCUACAGGCUGUAAAACAAGGCCAGAAGGUUUUGUGCUGUGCUCCAUCCAAUGUGGCGGUGGAUAAUUUAGUGGAGCGCCUGGCUAAGAGCAAGGCUAAGGUCCUGCGCCUGGGACAUCCAGCACGCCUGCUAGAGUCAAUCCAGAAGCAUUCACUGGAUGCAGUGCUUGCACAGAGCGACAGCACCAACAUCAUCGCAGAUGUCCGAAAAGACAUGGAUAAAGCCUUUAGUCAGAUAAAGAAAGUGCGUGACAAAGGACAGAGAAGCAGCCUAAGGCGAGAAAUAGGAGAGCUGCGAAAGGAACUGAAGUCCAGGGAAGAGGUGGCCAUCUCCCAAAUCCUGAAAAGGGCCAGUGUUAUUCUAGCAACCAACACUGGAUCUAGUGAUGAUGGUCCACUGAAGUAUUUGCCAAGCGAGCAUUUCGACCUGGUGGUGAUAGAUGAAUGUGCUCAGGCUCUGGAGAGCAGCUGUUGGAUUGCACUGCUCAAAGCACGCAAGUGCAUCCUGGCUGGAGACUACAAGCAGCUGCCACCCACAAUUAAAUCUCAGAAUGCAGCUGCUAAAGGUCUGUCUGUGAGUUUAAUGGAGCGGCUGAUUCAGAAGUACGGAGACUCAAUAGUUCGAAUGCUGACCACUCAGUACCGUAUGAACAGUGCCAUCAUGCAGUGGGCCUCAGAGCAGAUGUACCAAGGGAAACUGACUGCACAUCCUUCAGUGGAGAAACAUUUAUUAAGGGACCUGGCUGGUGUAACUCAUGUUGAGGAGACCAGCAUGCCUCUGCUCUUAAUUGACACUGCUGGCUGUGGUCUUAAUGAAAUGGAGGACACAGAUGAGCAGUCAAAAGGCAAUCAGGGUGAAGUUGACAUAGUGGCACUUCAUGUGAAAACCUUGACUGAGGCUGGAGUGCAGGCCAAAGACAUUGCAGUCAUUGCACCUUAUAACCUACAGGUAGAUCUGCUAAGACAGAAACUCUCAAAUGAGUAUCCUGACCUGGAGAUCAAAUCUGUAGAUGGCUUUCAAGGCAGAGAAAAGGAGGCAGUGCUGCUGUCUCUGGUUAGAUCUAAUAGAAAAGGAGAGGUUGGAUUUCUUGCGGAGGACAGGAGGAUCAACGUGGCAGUAACACGUGCCAGACGACAGCUUGUAGUGGUAUGUGAUUCCCAGACUGUCCGAAACCAUGACUUUCUCAGGAGCUUGGUUGACUACAUGUCUGAACACGGGGAGGUUCGCACUGCCUUCGAGUACCUAGAGGACCUGGUUCCUGAAAACUACCACCGCGAUUUUAAAGACGAACAGAAUAACAUUAAAGCAUCUUCCACCAAAACAAAGGCAAAAAACCAACAAGGCAAGAGAAAUGAGACCAAGCACAAUAAAAUCUCUGAGAGCAAGAGCAAAGGAAACGGCCAAUCAAAGGAUGAUCCCCACAUCAGCAGUAACCUAAAGUCAAGCCUUCCCAAACCAAAAGCAGAUGAUCAAAUUGAGUCUCAAAUUAAGAAAGAGGAGAUGAGGCAGCAGUUGCUUAUCUUUCUGGACAACCAAAGUCAGACAGAGCUUCAAUUUCCUUCCUCUCUGAAUUCACAUGAACGCCUCCUAGUCCACCAACUCUGUGAAGAGCUGGAACUAAAGCAUGUGAGCAAGGGAACCGGAAAACAGCGUCAUAUCACUGUUUCCAAACCAGUGGCAGAGCCAGAGGAGAGACUGGAAGAGGAAUCAGUGUCCACAAGGCCAGAAAUCCAGACUCCAGAGGAACUAACAGAAAAAGAAUCCAACAGGCAACCACUAAAGCCUGCUCUAGAUUUGAAAAGCUUGCAUUUGGAGCGUAUGCGCCGGGAGCAAGAAAAACGGGAGGAGAAAAUUCAGAGCAAAAGACAGGAGACAGAGCAUAAAGACAGCAAAGGGCCAUCCACGAAAAAGAACAAAGGUGUAACAAAAGGAAAGGGGAAAAUGAAAGCAGGGGCUGUGGACGUUGCUGCAGCUGCUACAGCUGAGGAUGAUUUUGAUGCACUCAUUGAUGCUGUGGUGAAAGCAGAAAGCGUGUGUGGCUUCAUGAAGUGUAAAGCCAGUGUGCUCACACUGGGGCAGCUGUGUGUCUACUGUAACAGACAGUACUGCCUGAGUCACCACAUACCUGAGGUCCAUGGAUGUGGAGACAAAGCGAAGGCGCAGGCUCGCAUGAGAAUAAGCAAAGAGGGAGUGCUGUAUGCUGGAAGCGGGCAGAAGGACAAGUCCAUGGAUCCGAACAAAAAAGCAUACCUGCAACGCAAACUAGACUCUAAACUCAAAGACAUGGCAUCCCAAAGAAAAUCCAAGUCAAAGGAUAAAGAACAUUGAAUAUUUCAGUUCUGCUGUGUAAAAAUUAAUUUAUUCUAAUUAAACGAAUAAAGUGGUGGUUUGAUCUA